AUGGACCGCCAGCGCGCCGAAGAACGACCCGCCGCCGUGAGCUCAAUUCCAAUAUACCGCGCACACGCAACAGCCGAACAACCCAUCCCCGAGACGACCGAGAAGAGCAAGCGCCUCCUCUCCACCCCCAACGCAGCCAAAACUCCACGCCGGCCUCUCAUCACCGAGUCGAUCCAGUGCGGAACUUCGCCCUUCAUCGCUCACACGGGCGGGGCGCUUCCCCAGGCCCGGGCCUACGCGAGAAACCGUUCAGCUCAACGAGACUCCGUCAAGUCUACGCUACAUCACUAUGACGCCUGUUUCCGCUCUAAAGAGCAGGCAUCAUCGACAAGAUCCUGGUGCAACGAAGUUCCAGUUGCCCUCCAGGUAGAAGCUGCUAAAUCUUUCUACCAAGCGUUUACCGAGGAACGGACGUUGCCGGUGUCCCUGCGUCUUCUGCUGCAGGAAGACACCGCCUUGCGAACUCGCCACCAUGCAGUGGAGGGAUCGCUUGUCGCCCUCCAUGAUGGCGCCGGAGCUGACGUGUGCCGCGAGUGUCGCGUCAGCUUCGACAGUGGACGGCUGCCCAAGGCCUGCUCUGUCAACAACAUGGCCAUCGGUUGUGAGCAUCGGUACCCCGACGAGCUUGAUGACCUCUCUCCCGUCGAAGAGAAGCUCAUUGCCCUACAUGCGCCUUUUGGCUAUAUCACCAAGUUCACAGUGGACAACAAGACCCGUUCGGGAAUCAGCUACCGCAAGCACGUGAAAGGACAUAUUGUCGUCUUUCCGAACAAGGUGGACGAUCUUGUUGCCACCGUUCUUCCCCAUCCCUUGCAAGCCAUUGAGAAUAUCCACGUCUCUUGGAGCGGCUCGGCUAAGCCUGGCUCCGCAGACGUCGGACACCUGCUUCGCUUUACAAGCAUCGAUGAACUCGUAAACUCCAUCGAUCCUAUCUUCAUCGCCGAAUCUUGCGAUUUGGACUGUGCUCUGUCGACUGAGCAGACUCAACCUUCCCCUGGUGAGCCGGCGACUCUUGUCCCCGACUCGGCCGCCAUCGGCCAGGAAGUUGAUCCUGUCUACGAGACGUCUACGUCCGCAUGUUUCCUGGGUCCGGCUGCCUUCGCCGAGACCGAUAAACUGUCGUUUCUGGCCGACAUCGUCAACGCCAAUCCGGACCAACAGGGUACCUCUGUGCCAUGCGUUAUGCAGGUCCGAACUACAGGAGACCAGCCGUUUGUCCGAGUAGAGCGUGGUGCGGAUUUUGCAGACAACCUGCGAAGAUUUCUUCCCUCGAACAUUUCCGAAGCUUUUCCCGUGGGAAGGGCGGCCCGAAAUCGAAGGGCGACUCGAGUCAUGGCCGACAAAGCGACGCUGCCGACCGUCGUCCGAAUCACUCUCUUCAAUACUGGGCCAGAUACACUUGAGCAGGCCUAUGCGAACUUGACCGAGGACCGACUGAAGAGGGCCGAGGCGGAGAUGCGGAGACGAGGACUACGUCGGACCCCGACAUAUCGCUCUUGCUUCGCGAGCUGUCGAUCUUUGGCCAUGCAGCCGCUCUCGAACGAAUCCCGUUUGCUUAUGCGGAGGAAGAUACAAGCUCUGGACAUCCGCGCCGGUAUGCCUGCAAUCUGGAUUACCAUCAGUCCCAACGACAUCAAUAACCCGGUAAAGAUGAAGCUUGCCAUUCAUAGGCUCCACGAUUAUGAGUCUGCGAAGGAGCUUUUGGCCGAUCUCCGUGAAAAGUACGACAGGAUCGCCCUGGCACCAUGGAUCCAGCUCGGCCAUCUUCUUCCACCGAGAAAUAUCCUAUUCUUUGAAAAGUAUGUGAAUACAGGCCGGGAAUCGAUCUUCGGGAAGAUCAGCCACUACUACGCCACCGAAACGAACGAGCGAGGCAGCCUCCACUUGCAUGGACUCCUCUGGCUGGACGGCAACAUGCGGUUACCGAACCUGAUAGACGACAUGGCCAAUCCCGGGAAGAAUCAUAUCGUGCCCAGGUGA